UACGUUUGAAUGCUGUAUAGUUUUGUUGUUGUUAUUGUUGCUGUUGUAUUUGACAGGGAAUACAUAUCUUCACCCCGUUCCACCUUUAUUUUUUAUGACAAACAUGGCGUUUUCCGCGCAAGGGGAAGCGAUGUUGUAUCAGGCCCCUAUAGCCCCUCCCUGGGCGCCCCCUGAUUCGAGUUUACGCCAUCCUCCUCCGUGAAGCAGUGUGCAAGGAGGCAACUUGUCAAAAGUACACAUUCAUUAUCAGUUUUUGCUCAGUACUAAGUCCAAUGGUCACAGCGGACUGGCCUUUGAAUUUGUGCAGCUUCCUCUCGCACAAAGCACGCAGGCUGCUGCUGCACUCGGUCUGCAGGCUCAGCGGAUCUUUGACGACAAUCGUCCGUGUUGUGAUUCAAAGUUAAACCCCGGUGUCUAUCCCAGUCAUGUCUGGACAUCCUAAAUUUGUGAGUCCGUUUCACAGACCGCAGUCCUUGGCUGCUGCUGCUGCUCCUGCUGGGAAAGCCAAACUUACCCACCCUGGCAAAGCGAUCCUGGCAGGUGGGAUUGCCGGAGGAAUAGAGAUCUGUAUCACCUUCCCUACUGAGUAUGUUAAAACCCAGCUGCAGCUAGAUGAAAAGGCCAAUCCCCCAAAAUACAAAGGCAUUGUUGAUUGUGUAAAACAAACUGUGAAUAGUCAUGGUGUCCGAGGUCUUUACAGAGGUCUAAGCUCUCUUCUGUAUGGAUCUAUACCUAAGGCUGCAGUUAGGUUUGGGGUAUUUGAGUUUCUUAGCAAUAAGAUGCGUGAUGAGAGUGGGAAACUAGACAGCAAGCGGGGAUUUAUGUGUGGCCUUGGUGCUGGAGUUGCAGAGGCUGUAUUUGUUGUGUGUCCUAUGGAGACAGUUAAGGUAAAAUUUAUACAUGACCAGACUUCAGCAAACCCAAAGUACCGAGGGUUUUUUCAUGGAGUUAGGGAGAUUAUCAGAACUGAAGGACUGAAGGGCACCUACCAAGGGCUAACUGCCACUGUGCUAAAGCAGGGUUCAAACCAGGCUAUCCGUUUUUAUGUCAUGACGUCACUGAGAAACUGGUAUAAAGGUGAUGACUCCAACAAAGCCAUUAACCCUCUGAUUACUGGACUUUUUGGUGCUGUUGCUGGAGCUGCUAGUGUUUUUGGAAACACUCCUCUAGAUGUAAUCAAAACUAGAAUGCAGGGACUUGAAGCACACAAAUAUAAAAGCACAAUGGACUGUGCUGUUAAGAUAAUGAAGUAUGAAGGUCCAGCAGCGUUCUACAAAGGUACUGUCCCUCGUCUGGGUCGUGUGUGCAUGGAUGUAGCCAUAGUCUUCAUAAUUUAUGAAGAAGUUGUCAAAGUCCUGAACAUUGUUUGGAAGACAGAUUGAAAUGUCUACAGAAAGAAACCCACCUUCCAGGUUAAUAUCUACCUCCAACCUGUGUUGUAAUAUACAAAUAAAGGGAGUGAGCUUUUAAUGUGCUUGAAAAGCUUGUUGAUCAGCUGACCUUGAAGAAGUGUGGGCUCAGGGAAAAGGAUACUGAUUACAGUAGGAAUGAAAAUCUCUUGAACAAAGUGUUAAAUCUAUUUGUGCAAUUGGUGUCAAAUACUUUGUGAAUGAAAUGAAAUGAAUGAAAGCCAAUGCAGAAAAAUGUGACUGUAACUCUAUAGGAUUUUAAUUCAAAAAUUGAAAUUAUAAUCUCAAUGCAAACCCAUUUUUACAACAAAAUGUUUUACUGAUCAAAUCAAAAAUAAUCAAAAACAUCUAAUGGAUAACAUGUUGUCCUUUAUCUUCAGGGGCUUUAGGUGCAUUAUAUGCCUUAAGAUGCCUUAAAACUGAAUAAUAAUAAUAAUAAUAAUAAUAACAACAACAACAACUAUGAUUUUGAUGAUGAUGAUGAUUAUUAUUAUUAUUAUUAUUAUUAUUAUUAUUAUUAUAUUUAGAGUGACCUUAGUCCCUCUUAAACUUUAACCGAUCUGGUCUUGUGGUUUCUCUUUGUGCUGCAUACCUGCAUAUGUUUUAAAUUCAGCUACUUAAAUAGAUUAUCUCUUAAGUGCCUACAUUUUGUGUUUUGAGGUUGUGGAUAACUGAAUGUUGUAUGUACUGUAAAUCCAUACAGAUAUACAUUUUUCAUUGUUCAGUAUUUGAAAAAAGUCAGCCUUUUAACUCCACUUUCUUUCCACACUUUAAAUUGUGCCCUCCACCUCAUUCCAUAGAAGCAAGUCCAGUGUUUGCAAGGCUUCAAUUUUAUGCCUUACAUUAUGGUAUUUUGUAAUACUAUUUAGAUGUUAUCAAGCCUUGGUUUCUCUAGUGCCAACUGUUGCUUUAUCAUGCUGUUUACAAUAACUUGUAAUUAAAAUGUAUUUUCCUUGUUUCAAUGCAUACUGCCUUGUAAAUGGAGAUAUUCUAUCAGCCUAGGAUAAUUUCCAUUAUGUGCCUUUAAAGAAUUUAUUUUGACAAAAAUAAAUAAAUAAUAUACUUA